AUAUUGAUGAUAAGCAAAUCAAAAUGGCGGGAGAAGAGGAGGAAAUCGCGACACAAAACGAAGAAAGUCAGAUACUUGAAGAAAAUACACCAAAUGAUGCUGGAGAUAAUAUUGCUCCUGACAGAUUAUUGAAAUUGCCCCUCUCUCGUGUAAAAAGCAUUAUGAAAAGUGAUCCCGAUGUAACAUUAGCUAGUCAAGAUGCAGUUGUAGCGUUGGCCAAAGCCACCGAACUUUUUAUUCAAUUAAUUUCUAAAGACGCAUCUGGUAGUACCAUGCAAGGAAAACGAAAAACGUUGCAAAGAAAGGACUUAGAUAAUGUGAUGGACAGAAGAGAUUGUUACUUAUUCCUUGAUGGAGCAAUUGAUUGAAUAAAUUUAUCAUCUGGUAAACAG